AUGGCGGGCUUUUCCACGCAGCUACAUUUCCACAGGUCUGCGCUGCAGCGUGAAAUCCCAGAAAUCGGUGUCCUCCUCCUCAGUUCAGCCCUGUGGAGGCAGUUUAAGAACAUCCUGCGGCCACUAGCAGAUGCGCCGAGAUCAAUGCGAAGUUCAUCUGGGUGUGUAGGGCAUAUGGUUUUAGAACUAGGAAAGUCUUUCAGUGAAUUACUUUCAAGUGGUCAGUAUGAUGCUGCAGCGAUUUAUAGUCUAAACUCUCCUAGGGGAAUUCUCUGUAAUGAAGAAGCUCUGAACUGCCUUAAAGGAAGAAAUAUCCCUUUGCUGAAGUAUUGUAAUACUCUGAUAAACUCAAGUGCUGCAGCUGGACACGUUCCAAAUUCAACUGUAACUCUGGAAGCAUUCAAAUGUGCGUUGUCUGAAAAGCAAUUAAAUUUAGUAACACAUUGGGUUGAACAGCAAAGGUUAACCUUUUCUAAGGCAGUAGGAGAUAUUAUUUAUGACUACAGGAAAGUAGAACCAAUCCACAAGUCAAGAUGCCUGGCUUUGGCUCAGGUUGCAUAUGAUGAUUACUUCUUUCUCUUGGAAAACGGAUCUAGCACUGCAUUAAUUUGCUGUCUCAGUCAACAAUGGAUUAGAAAACCACCAUUUUCAUCUGUGGGGGCUGCAAUCCUCUCUUUUAUUUCAGCCAAUCACAAAAAGCAUGGGUUUGAGCUAUUAGAGGAAAUGAGCAAGAAAAGUAAGCACAGCAAAAUUUUAGUAACAAACUUUCAAGCUUGGAACUUUAAUUCAACUUCCAUUUCAGCCUAUGCAUUGGAACAGGUUAUUCUGAAUUAUACUGUCUGUACUUUGGAAGACUGGAGUAAGAUAGCAUUUCCUUGUGCAGAUAAUAAGCAUGAAAAGUUAUCUCAGAAAGUCGUGUCGAUUCUCACCUCACAGGAUGGAGUGUGUGAAAAUUCACCGCUUGAAGAUGAGGAAGAUGCAAGGAUAAUGGAACAUAUUUUCUGUAAUGCCUGCUACUUACUAGUGUCUUUCCGAAUGCUUGUGAAUUAUUGCUGUUGUGAAGAGCUUGUAAUUGAUGCAGUCCUUAUUAGGGAUACAGUCUUUGCAAUGAGCAUUAGAAAUUCUACCUCGAGAGUGGUUCAAACCUGUCAAAGACUGGCCAGUUUAAUGACACUUGAAGUGUGUUCAACGCUGUAG